AUGUCGGAUCGGUUAGUAACUCCGUCUAACUUUCGCCAACGAAUUCUGAAGCAACUCCAUCGAGGUCAUCCCGGAAUCGAGAGGAUGAAAGCUAUCGCUCGUAGUUAUGUUUUCUGGCCAAAAAUCGACCACGCCAUCGAAAAUUUUAUCAAGAAAUGCAACAACUGUGCCACCCACUCGAAGACACCAACAAAGGUUCCACUGCAAUCAUGGCCGCAACCAACCAAACCAUGGGAACGAAUUCAUAUUGAUUUCGCUGGGCCGUUUUUCGACCAAUAUUUCUUGGUAGUUGUCGAUGCGCAUUCAAAAUGGCCGGUAGUAAAGAUCGUACAAUCUCCAACCACACCAGCAGUUACUGAAUUCCUGGAUGAACUGUUUUCACGAUUUGGAGAUCCAGAAACUGUAGUAUCAGACAACGGUUCGCAGUUUACCUCGGAUCACUUUGCAGCAUUCUGCAAGGAGCAUGAAAUCCAGCAUUUACGAACAGCGCCGUAUCACCCACAAUCGAACGGCCAAGCAGAAAGAUUCUUCGAUACGCUGAAACGUUCGCUGAUGAAAAUUAAUGAGGGGGAGAAGAUUACCAAGACGCUACAAGUAUUCCUUCAGACGUACCGUUCAACACCAAGCCGUACACUACAAGGAAAAUCGCCAACAGAACUGAUGCUGGGUCGGAAGAUGCGGACAAUCCUCAGCCUAAUUAAACCCACACAACGUCAGCCAGCCACCGUGAACCAGAAACAGAAUGAGCAAUUCAACAGAAAACAUGGCACAGUUUCUCGUUCGUUUCAAACUGGAGACAAAGUCUAUGCCAAGGUAUACACUGCCAAUAAGUGGAUCUGGUCAGCAGGAGAAGUUAUCGAAGCUAUUGGUAACGUCAACUACAACGUGUUGCUGGAAGUUCAGCAUAAAAGGCGUAAGCUUAUUCGAUCGCAUGCAAACCAGCUCAAGCACCGUGAAGCAGAUGGCAAUCCACCCGAUUCAACUAGUGAACUGAGCAUUCUAGUUGACAUGUUUGGACUCCAUCCUGUACCAACAUCAACCAUACAUGAGACGACAGCACCACCACCUGUUCUUCCGGACGUUCAAAAAGAUCCAGUUGAGGCACCAGUCGAAACCCCAAUACUACAAGACAUCUCGGAGUUACCAGCUGGACAGGAAAAUGAACCAGAUGAUUGUCAUGAACAACAAGUAGAAGCAGAAAACCCAGAACAACCAGUAACACCUGUUCUCCCAACAUCGGAAUGCAGUUCUGAAAUCCAAAACCGCCCACAACGCUUAAUUAGAAUGCCUUCAAGGUUGGAGCCGUACCUGGUGUUCUGGAAAUAA